GUGGUUCCCUGACUCUACUGGCCUACCACGGUGUAUACGACACGAAAUAUGUUUGGAAUCUAGAUCAACGUCCCACAUCAUUUUCAUCACGCCGGACAUCUGCUUUCCAACGUAAUCCACACUCUGUUUCAGUGUUUCUCAUUUUUCCCUCUAUAAAUACCACGACGCUGCUUUCUUACCGCGGAGGAAAGCUUGGAAGAUAAUUUUAGGGCUGUGUGAAUUUGGGAGAAAGAAAUGGCUUUGCCGAAGGCUAAGGAGAUCGUUUCUGCCAAUCCCGUCGUCGUUUUCAGCAAGACGUACUGUCCGUACUGUGUGGACGUGAAGAAAUUGCUUCAACAACUUGGGGCCUCUUUCAAGGCCAUUGAACUCAACAAUGAAAGUGAUGGAAGUGAAAUUCAAGCUGCUCUGGCAGAGUGGACUGGCCAGCGGACCGUGCCAAAUGUUUUCAUUGGUGGGAAGCACAUUGGUGGCUGUGACACUACAACAGCUAUGCAUGAGGAAGGGAAGCUGAUUCCUCUGCUAACUGAAGCUGGAGCUGUUGCUAAAUCUUCCGGUUAGAAUAGAGUUCUGCUGCCUGUUGUUGAGUCCAAUACUCUAAUAAAUACCGAGUUUGGUUUAUUUUGAUUCUGUAUUGUCAGCUGAAUCCUUGGUUUAGCAUAAGGAUAUUGGACUUUGACUUCUAAACUUCUGUAUUUUCAUUUAAGUUUUUACUAAAGCUAUAGAAAUUUGGAGUUUCAUGUA